UCAGGUUCUGUGUUUUUUAUGUUUUGUGUUUGCUUUUGUUUGAGUUUAUUUUCUUUGGAGCACCUGCCGUUCCCCAUAGCAUCCACAAGAUGCCGCCAGAGUUCAGAGCCCCUGGGAAGGUGCGGGGGUAACCCCGCAGGCACACCUGCAGUUCGUUUGAGGGGAUGGAUUGAGGAUUUAAGCAGCAGUUGGACAACUCUUCUUCGCCUGAGUGUUGCUUACCUUGGUAAUCCUGUUGUCGCUACAUCAUCCCUGAGUGCGUCGUCUGACCGGAGGCUCUGGGAGAGCUGUCCCGCUGUCGUGAGUCACUCUCCUCGUGUGUUCCUCCCCGACGCCACUGGUGGUACCAGUCGGACGCCAUCCCUCGUGUGCUCGCCCUUCCCCCUGACGUCGGUCCGUCUCCAGAGGUCUCCCCUUCGGGACGCAAGAGGAUCUGCCGGUCCGAGCCCGAACCUAGCUGGAGAAGAGAGGAACGACUGGACCGGAUGGUACCCCGUUCGCUCCGUCUCUACUACCUGUCCGCCCUCCGACGAAGCCUCACAAUUCAGUAGUGAUGGGCAAAUGAAGCCUCAUGAAGCAAUGAACCUUCUCAGCCCUUUGCUUUGCAAAAAGCAGGGCGAUCGGAGCUCCUUAA